AGCGGGGACCGUUCUAGCCCCCCACUGGGGAGGAGGCAUUAGAUGCUUGUGGGGCGUUGGGUGGGUGCAGGGGCUGCAGAGUAGGGCAGAGAGGCAGGUUAGAGGUGGGGGGGCAGACAGGGCUUUUAAGGAGUAAGCACGGUAAGAAGAGCAGCUAUGAGCUCAAGGGGAACAGGUCGGGGAGUUAGGGAUAGAGCACAUGGGGCAGUUAGGGAUAGGGGAGGCAGGGAAAGAAGUUGGAUGUUAGGCAGGCAGGGCAGGGGAGGAGGUAGGGCAGAAGGGCCUGGGAGGUAAGGACAGAGGGGAAAAGGCAGUUUUGCUGCUUGGGCUCCAGUGGGCGGCACAGAGGAUGCCUGCAGGGGAGCCAGGCAAGAGAUACCCUGACACUUCACUCCAUGUUGCCUCCAGGACUGUCCUUGUUCAUUAAGGCCUGACCCCCACACACACCAUAAUUGGAGCACAUUUUCUGGGAAAGCUUCCCAGGUGCAUAGGGCAAGCUCCCUGGGCCUAAUGCAAGGAGCAACGGUGUAGGGCCCGGUCCAAUCUACAAUGGCAUUGUGCAGUUGUGCAAGCUGCCUGGCUGUGAGAGUGUCACUGUGCACCAUGCAAAGAUGCAAGUUCCCAGACUGCAACUGUCAUGUAAGCCCCUGUGGCCUAGUGUGUAACAUGGAAAAAGAAUGUAGCCUUAUCAGCAACCUAUGGUUCAGCAUUGCAGGCAUGCAAGUUUCAUGAAUCACAUUUCCCAGGAACUUUAGUGUAACUUUUUUUUUUUAGGUUGCCUAUGAUCUGAUGGCUUUGCACUUCAGGCUGCUCAGCACACACAACUCCUGCUGAAGUCAGUGCCCAGAAGCUUCACGUACCACUAAAUAUGUUCGGUUCUAGUGGUUGUAAUGCCCAUGUGCUGUCUCUGUUGAAUGUUCCAGGAGGCACCACUGUCCUAGUGGAGCUCACCCCAGAUACUCACAUUUGUGGCAUUUGCAAGCAGCAGUUUAAUAACCUAGAUGCCUUUGUUGCUCACAAGCAAAGCGGCUGCCAGCUGAUCAGUGCAAAUGGAACUACUAGUACAGUCCAGUUUGUCUCAGAAGAAACUGUGCCUUCAACACAGACUCAAACCACAACCAGAACAAUCACUUCAGAGACUCAGACCAUCACAGUUUCUGCUCCAGAGCUUGUUUUUGAGCAUGGCUACCAAACAUAUCUGCCCAAUGAGAGCCGUGAACCUCAGACUGCCACUGUUGUCUCCCCAUCAUCAAAAACGCGUUCCAGAAAAUCCAGUACUGCAAUUGUCCAAAAGAAAUUGAACUGCUGCUAUCCAGGUUGCCAAUUCAAGACAUCGUAUGGUAUGAAAGACGUGGAACGUCAUUUAAGAACACAUACAGGAGAUAAGCCCCAUAAAUGUGAGGUGUGUAGCAAAUGCUUCAGUCGCAAAGAUAAGCUAAAGAUGCACAUGCGUUCCCAUACUGGGGUGAAACCUUACAAAUGUAAACAAUGUGACUAUGCAGCUGCCGACAACAGCAGUCUCAACAAGCACCAGCGCAUCCACUCAAAUGAGCGUCCUUUUAAAUGCCAGAUCUGCCCUUAUGCAAGCCGCAACUCUAGCCAGCUUACUGUCCAUCUCAGAUCCCAUACUGGAGAUGCUCCGUUUCAAUGUCGGAUGUGUAGUGCUAAAUUUAAAAUCAACUCGGACUUGAAGAGGCACAUGCGUGUGCACUCUGGAGAGAAGCCUUACAAGUGUGAGUUCUGUGACGUCCGCUGUGCCAUGAAAGGGAACCUGAAAUCACACAUCCGCAUUAAGCACAGCAUGGAGAACACACUCAAGUGUCCAGAAUGCGAGUUCCAGUGCGGAAACAAAACAACCCUUCGGCAUCACUUAAGAACCCAUCAGCCUGAGCAGCCAGUGAAGUGCUCAAAAUGCAACUACUCUUGCUCUAACAAGGCAGCUCUCAAGGUGCACGAGAGAAUUCACUGCGAGGAUCGCCCUUUCAAAUGUGACUUCUGCAGCUUUGAUACCAAGCAGCGGAGCAAUCUGACCACGCAUGUGAAGAAAGCCCAUGCAGACAAAGUCAAGAUCAAAAAGCAAACCUCUGAGAAGAAAGAGGGAGAUAAGUCAAAGCAGGGCAGCUCCAGGCAAGUAGCCAAAUUGGAUGCCAAGAAAGCAUUUAAGUGUGGCCUGUGUGAGGCUUCCUUUGUCCGAGAAGAUUCUCUUAGGAGCCAUAAGAAGCAGCACAGAGAGUAUAAUGGGACCAAAAGUACUGAACUGGCUGUUUUGCAGUUGCACAUGGACCCAAGUAGGCAGACCAGUGCCCCGAUUACAGUAAGUCACCUUCAAGUUCCAAUUCAAGCCACUCAGGUUUCUUCUUACAAUGAAGAAAGGGUCAAGAUCAUUGCUGGCAGUCAAAUGCCUCAAGCUAACAGAACAGUUCAGGCUGCUUCAGUGAAUGUUAUGCCUCCCACAUUAGUUGGCCAGAAUCAGGAAGACCUAUCUGCGAGUAGUCAGUUGCAAAUACUGCGUCAAGUCAGUCUGCUAGCACCGCCUCAUCCCCCUGUUUCUCAAAGUGAAGCUGUGUCAGUGGGGCAGCCGGCAGUUCUUCUCACUGCCCAGGACCAAAGUGACAGCAGUGCUCUCCACCAGACUUUGAUUCCUACUGCUUCAGUCAGUAGUCACAGGGCUUCAGCAAGCCAGACUUUCAUCAAUGAUUCUGGAAUCAGCUGUUCUGACUUGGAAGGGCUCAAUGCUUUGAUUCAAGAAGGGGCAACAGAUGUGGCUGUGGUUAGUGAUGGAGGUCAGAAUAUCUCUGUGUCCACUUCGGCUGCCCCUCCUCCCAUCUUUUCUUCAUCCUCUCAUACACAAGCACCUAAGCAGACCUACUCCAUCAUUCAAAGUGGAGCCCAUACAGCUUUGCUGUGUCCUGCAGACUCCAUACCAGAUUAGUUAAAAAACUAGUACAAAUUCCACCCUGGAUUGCCUUGUGAAACCUUGAAGUCAGUGGGAUUUUCAUGACACUUAAGUGAGGGCCAGAUUUUCAGGUGUCCUGAGAUUGGCCUCUAACAUUCCAUUUGCACCACUUUGCACAUAUAGUCAUAUGUUGCAUUCUCACAUAUACAUGCAGUGACUUGCACCUGCACAUGAGGCUGUGCACAGUUACAUGCAUUGGAAACUAGAUGCUACAGUCUUUGAAAAAUGUGAUCCUGAAUAUCAAAGCAACUGUUUAAAAUUUCAUGUUUCAAAAAAACUUCCCAGAGCAGGAUUUACUUUGCGCAGCAAAUGUCUUAUUUAAACAAAAUAGCUUUUUUUUGCUUGUUUUUUUUUAAUCAAAUGGAAAGAACAUCUUACCUUAAGAUACCAUCAAGACAAAUUCCCAUCCCCUGUGAAAAGUCUGAGGGCAGGUCUACACUAUGGGGGAAAGUCGAUCUAAAACACACAAUUUGAGUUACGUUAGUAGCAUAACUCAGGUCAACGUAGCUUAGAUGUACACUUGCCAUGGGUUCCAUACUAUGCUUUGUCAAUGGGAGACGCUCUCCCAUUGAUUCCCCCUAGUCUUCUCCAUCUGGUGGAAUACUGGAGUUGACAGGAGAGUGAUCUGUGGUCUAUUUAGCAGGUCUGCUAUUUAGAUGAUAAAAAAUUAACAAUAUAUUAAACAACAUUAAGAAUUAAGGCCCCUGAAGUGUUUGCAAGAUUGGGGUCUAAAUUUGUAAAUGUUGAUUUUUUUUUUUUCCCAUUUAGAUUCAAAACCAGACUCAUCAGGAUGAAUUGGAGCCAGAUUUUCAAAAGUGCUCAGCACACUGCAGCUUCUAAUGUGACAGUUAUCACCAGACUUUUCCAAAAUGCUCAGAGCGCUUCUGGCUGAGUUUUUUGGGGAAAAAAAAUCUAGGCAUUGAUUUCAGUGCAUAAAUGGGAGCUGAGAUCUUUUCAGUGUCUGGCCCCUAGAAGCUAAAUGGAGCAUUGACAAAGAGUCUGAGGUCUGAUCUGGUGUCCAUUGAAGUUAAUGGAAAGAACUCCAUCGACUUCUGUAGGAAUUGGAUCAGAUCCUUGGCAGGCUGUUUAGCUAACAGGCUGUAAUGCUCUCUGUAUUCCCAGAACUGUGCACACAUCAUAGUGGCAUCACAACAUGUACAUUCAAAAAGGCGGAAGGCGAACCAUAAACCCCUUAAAGGUAUACUAAAAAUUGUAUCUCUGAUAGUUGUGCUAACUUAUCUGCUGGUCCUGGCUGAUUAGUCCCCAAGAAAUUCCCUGCACCACAAAAAUGAUUUUGGGAUUCUGUCUAGAAAUUUGUAGUAAUUGCUAAUUAUAUGAAAAGUCUAUUGAAGUUGAUAGGGUUUGGGGGCACUUAGCACCUUGCUUGGGACACUCAUGCAGAAUCAGGCUCCAAAGCACUUCUCUUAAAAUAAUAGAAUGCUGUCUGUGUGUUGGUGAUACUUUGUGUCAUAGCAGAUCUUUUAUGCAAAUCAUGUAUACAGCACAAUGCUCUGUAUCAGAAGGGUCCUUUUUUAAAAAAAAAAAUACAAUAUAUUUUUCCAAAUACAGUGCUGCAAUUUUAUGUCAUUUGUUUUGGUGCUGCAUUAUCAUGUUUUUAGUUGUGUGAUUGAAAAGAAAUGUAUUUUGCAUUUCCAUUUCUGUUCUUUAUGUGUAAGAAUGCAGCUUAAAGAGAGGAAAAGGAAGACCUGUUACAGAACAAAACCUAAUCAUAGAUUCCGUUUUGAGGAUCAAAAAGCUAGUUAAUUAAAAAAUAUAUAUAUAUUAAUUUUAGUACAGAACAAGAUAGAGGUGGUUAUUUGUGUGCUUAACAUCACCAUGCAAUGAAUGUAUAUUUAUAUAAAGAAUAAAUAUGUAAAUGUUAGUAUUUGGCUUCAGUCAUAAAAAAUCAGUGGCUCCAAUUAACAGUUUUGUUAGGUAUAUAAUAUGUAUCUUUUUAGAGAGAGAGAAUGUUUCUCCAUGGGUAUGAAAACUUGUUUUUUGAUAGGAUACAUAAGUAGGGCCAUAUUUAAAAUUGGUUUUAUAGUAUCUUUUUUUUAAAAAUCCCUUUGCACAUGCAUUUUUUCCAGCCAUACUCAUGUUUGCAUUCACAAAUCUGAGUCAUCAUAUCCUUGAAAAUGAUGUGGGAAAAUGCAGACACAAAUUAUAGGUACAGUUUUAGAACCGUUCACUUUUGUUAACAGAGGAGUUGAUUAGAUAUGUUCUGAAUGCUUGAAUCCACCAGAAACGCCAACUUAUUCCAUGAAAGCCACUCAGUCUAGUUUUUCUGAGGUUUGUUUUGUUUAGGCCUUAAAAUCAUGUUCCUUUUAAGAAAGCAGUUCAGAAUAAUAAUCUUGAUUUCUGAAUCCUGGCUUUGGUUUGAUUAGAACCAGUUAGCAAUAUAUACCCUCCAACAUUCUGGAUGAGAGAAAAGGCUGCUUAGUUAUAAAAUAAAUGUUGAGAAUGUUAAACAGGACUAAUUUAUUAGUAAGGAAGAUGGCUGCUUAGCUCCCACACUGCAUUGCAGUUUGAAGGAGAAAUUUGUGGAUAUCUACAUUAAAAAGAUUAUCAGCACUC